AUGCUUAUUGUACGCAACGAUAGAUUACAGUUAUAUUCUGUCUUGUUUCGUAAAAUGUGUUAAAAAUUUGAAAAAAUACUAGAUCUAACAAGAAUACGGCUUGUAUAUUUAUGCAAAACGAUACAUGAGAAAUUAAGAAAAAAUGAGUUUCCAUAAAAAUAUUGAAGCUAAAAGUAGCAUACCUGGGACAAAACUAAAGAAUAAUUUACCUUUUACUUCAUCGGGUAUACCAUCACUGGAUCAUGUUAUAGGCGGCGGAUUACCGGCGACGGGAAUUUUUGCCUUAGAGGAAGACAUACUUGGUAACUACAGCAGGGUGCUUACAAAAUACUUCCUGGCUGAAGGCAUUGUCUGUAAACAUGACUUAUUCAUAGCAUGUGCUGAUGAGGAUCCAGAAAAUAUUAUAAAGGAACUGCCUCAACCCACUACCGAACCACUAGAAGAUGUGAGCUCUGUCAAUGAGGGCAUAGACAAGAUGAAGAUCGCAUGGAGAUAUGAGGGUCUGAGUCGUGUGGAAUCUUCAUUUGGCAAGAGCACUAAUUUUGGACACCAUUUUGACUUGAGCAAGUAUAUGGACAGUGAAACUAUAAAAACAUGUAAUAUAAUAUAUUGUGAUCCAAAUAAAAGUCAACAUAUUUUGAAAGGUUUCAAAAACAGCCUCUACAGCACACUAUUGACCAGCAUACAAAAGGCUGUAUCUAAAGAAGAAUAUAAAAGUAGCAGUAAGAAUAACAAGAAUAUGUUAAGGAUUAGUAUCCAAAGCCUGGGAUCCCCAAUCUGGAUGGCAAUGGACUGUGAUGAGGGUUUGGACAGCAGUCAUUAUGGUCAAGACCUGAUCAAGUUUAUGUACUGUCUUCGAGUAAUGUUAAGAGACACAAAUUCUGUUGUAUUUGUUACCAUUCCAUCACAUUUAUUUAAUGAUGAAGAACAUGUUAUGAAAAGGAUAUUGUAUUCAAUAGACAAUUCAGUGAGAAUUGAGUCAUUUACUGGUUCCACUAAAGAAACAAACCCUGUAUAUAAAGACUACCAUGGUCUAUUUCAUAUUACAAAACUCUCCACUCCAUUUUCACUAGUGCCUUUUGUUCCACCAAGUUUGGAUCUAGCUUUUAAACUCAAGAGAAAGAAGUUUCUGAUAGAAAAAUUGCAUUUGCCACCAGAACUUCAGGAGUCCAGCGAAAGAGAACAAGAUGACAUCACUGCAACUCCUCCAAGUUGUGGUGGAUUUAAGAAAAAAGAUAUUGAAUUUUAAAUAUUUUUAUAUCAUACAUAAGUUGAUAAGUUACAAUAAAAAUAAUGUCUACAAA